UGACAGGUGACGCGAUAAGAAAGUGCCCGGAUGGUCCCAGUGUAAACAGCGAUACAUAAACACGAAUGAUGUCACUCUGUAAAAGUCAGGAUCUGCCAGUAUGAGCUCAUCAGAAGAUCAUCGUACCACCGAACAACUAAACUCUGCUCUACAGGAGACGUGCACCUCAAAACGCCAGUCCAGAAGACCCACCAAACCUCGUCCUGUCAGGAAGCCAAGAGGAGAAGUAAAGAAAGCUGAACCCAAAGCUUCUGCUCCGUCGGGUUCACCAGAACCUGGAACACAGAUAGCAGCUACAAAUGAGCGUUUAUCUCCAGACGUGGCUCAGAACUCCAUCACGUGUCCUCACGAAACUCCGAACAGACCGCGGACCAGAGGGAGAAAGAAAAAUCCCCAGACCGCUCCAGCUUUAGAGGCUGGCGGAGGUCCAGCAGUACAGAUUCCUUCAGAAAGAGCCAAAACGAAGCGGACACGCGCUCAGGGGUCCAAAAGAUCUGCUAAAGAAACCUCCCCUGCUGCACCCUCUCCCUGUCCUGCUCCGGCAACCCCGAAACGUGCUCGACGCCACCACAGUCCCAGACUCAGCUCCACUCCUCAGUCCAACAGCACACAGCCGAAGGAACCGGACGUCAGUCCAGUCAAGAGGAAGCGAGUCAGAUCUCAGAAACCAGAAGCUCGGCAGAGAAAGAGGAAGAAGAAGGAGGAGGAUGAGGGUGUAAGUAAAUCACGACCGAUCAGAAAGCAGAGGAAGAAGGGCGUGGCAGAUGUGGAGCCUCCUCAGAAGCCACCGUUCACCUCCAUCAGAACACGCUUCGAGCUCCAUGAACCGGACCUCCAGGAACCAGAGGUGAACCUCUCCUCAGACCUGUCCAUCGAGCUGAGCCUACAGGAGGAGAACGUCUCUCUCAAUCACUCGCUCUCACUGGAGGAGGAUGAAGAGGAGGAUGAGGAGGAGGAGCUUCCCAGUUUCCUAAAGCAGACCAGUAACAAACCUUCCAUCAGAGAGGGGCUGUGUGUGUGGUGUAAACUGAGGAAAUAUCCCUUCUGGCCCGCCAUGGUGAAAAGUGUGAAUCACAAGAAUAAAAAAGCCAGCAUCGUGUUCAUCGACCAGUUUCUGUUUGAUAAGAAGAGGAUCUGCAAAGGGUUAUCAGUAUCACUGAGGACGUUGAAGCCGUUUGACUGUGAGGAGUAUAAACACUUUGUGGAUACAGCCAAGCAGCGCUACGGGAAAUCCAUCACCUGGUGUCUGGAGCUUAUAUCUGACUACAAGAUCCGCAUCGGUUGUGGUUCGUUUGAAGGCUCCAUCAUCGAGUACAUCGCUGAUGAUAUCAGUUACCCGUUGAGGAGCGAGUACUGCAAGGCCUCCUCUGACCUGGUCUCUCCCACUCAGAGCCUGAUGGAACAGCAGGGCGGCGACGCUGAGCUGCAGGAGGCCGAUAAACAAUCCGAUGGUUUCCAUCAGGUCCACGUGAUGAAGAAGCUUCUGCCCGACCGAGCCCAGGCCGCCCGGAACCGCGCCAACCAGAGACUGGUGGAGUUCAUCGUCAGGAAACGGGGAGCGGAGAGUCGCUUACUGGGCGUGGUCAGCAGACCUGAGACGUCCAGGUGGUGGCAGGCCAAGCAGAGCUCCAGCCGCGUGUUGGUGGGGGUGUACCUGGAGGACGAGGAGCAGGUGGAGGAGGUGUACCGCUACCUGGAGGGUCUGUGUAAGGGCGCGGCUACGACUAAAUCCGGCCCCCACAUGGACCGGAUCAGCUUCAUCCUGGACGUCCUCCUUCCCGAGGCUCUGACUCACGCCAUCGCCGCUGUGGACCGUCUCACCCUGCAGGCGGCCGAGGGCAAGUUCCUGCGAGGACCGCGCCAUAGCAUCAGGGAGCAGCAGGAGUUCGACCGGAUGAUAGAGCAGCAGAUGAAGAGGAAGGCGGCGGCUGCGUCACCAUGAACGACGGCGUGUGGAAAGCUGCAGCUGAGAUGCAUUAUUUGAGUUUCGAGGGUUUUUUGUUGUACAGCUGCACGAGUUCCACUUUUCUGUUCACCGAUGUGCACUUAUUAUUAUCCUUCGUUAUAAACCUCACGCUCCUUAUACAGAUAUAAAUGUAAUAGAAAUUUUAAUAAAAAUAUCAUGUGGUUUUUUUUUGCA